CUCCUUCCCAGGCCGGCAAAGCAAGGCGGCGUCGGAGCAAACGCCUCCUCUGCUGGGCCAAUGGCGGAGAAGCCCUCCCUCUCCCGCCGCCCGGAAGACAAGGCAGCAGCAGCGUUUUGGCCUAAGAAGGUGUUUGCAGUGAACCUGGAAGGGACGCGAGGCGACCUUGCUGCUUGCUUGCCGCCGCUUUGCGAGCUCACAGAACAAGAGCGCAGCGCUAAGCCGAGGUGAAAAGCGGCAAGCCUGUUGACUGUGCAUUUGCAAUGGCAGAACGGGAGGGCGGGAUUCCUCUUCUGGGGGCCUCCAUGCUAACUGUGGCCCGGCUGGGCCCUUUUUUGCUGAGCUCCGUGCGUUUGGGUUGGUUGCGCGAGAGGGAUCCACCCAGGCCUCCUUCCUCUCCCCAAACUGAGAACAGAAGAUCUCUGCCGUUUGCUCAUUGCACCAGGCGUUUCAGCCACUUACUUUUGGGCAUGUUAUUGGCGUUAGGGAUAAGCCUGACCAAAGGUGUCUUAUUUGGGAAUGGAAUGGCCAGCUAGUACCACUGCCUGCUUUUAAUCUUUCAGCAUGGCGAGAUUUAAUCCUGCAAUUGGCAGGGAGCCCUCCAGAAUUUGUGGCCUUACAAUCUUGUUUCACCGACCUCCUUCAGGAACUCGUCCUGAUGGCGCUGAGGUUACCUGCCAGGAGGCUUUUGCAAUGCAGCCGUUGUGUGACAGGCCCGUGCGAUGUCCGUGCACAGGCCACCAGCUCAGCUGUGCAAAAGGGUAAGUGGGCAACUUGUGCUAAAAGCGAUACCUGAACGGGUGCAAUAUUGAGGAGAAGGUGGGAGAGAUAAUAAUGUCCGCACAUUUCUUUGGGAGAUUCCACCUUGCCCCAUUCUCCCUCCAACGGGGAAAAAAACCUGCAGCUGCCACCCAGACCCCUUUUUAUAUCUUAAUUUUGGCCUGAAGGUGUACGGGGCAGAUUGUGCAAGGAGGAGGUGUUGGAGAGGGCCGAGUCCUGAAGAUGGUGGCCUCUCUUAGCUGCUUUCAGGGCUGAGAGUGACAAGUUGUCUUACAAACCUACAUUAUUGCGUCUGGGGGCUGGGGAUGGAGGGGUUCACUGUGCUGGGAAAUUGCAUUAUAUUGUUGCUUAUAUUGCAGAAAAAGAAGCAAAGCCCUCUGGGAGAGAAGAGAAAGGUAUGCAUGUUUCAGUUGGCUUGUGGAAUGGGAUGACCUUUGAUUUAAAGCUCCAUAUUUGGACUUCCAGCCACCGUGUCAUCUCCUGCAAUGUUCCUCCCUUCUCUCGGUCCUGCUCCACUUAAGAAUUAAUGUUUGGUAGGCCGUGUGCACCCGUCUUCCAGUGCUACUGUAUAAAAUAACAGCAUCUCGCUAACUGAACUCCCUGAGCUCUCCCCUUCACCCAACUGUGUAUCAUCCCAUGUGGACCUGUUGGGUCUCUUUAGAAAGAUGAACUCGUAGUUCUCAUAGGACAGUGGUGGCAAACCUAUGGUGCCAGAGUGGGCACGCAGAGCCCUUUCUGUUGGCAUGCGCCAUCACAGUGCUGUUGUUUGGGGUUUUCAAAUUGGGCAGCAGCUUCCCCCCACGCCUCCUCAUGAGUAAACUGCUCCCACCCCGCCGCAGCAGCUUAGAGGCAGUUUGCAAAACAGGUGUAUUCCUGUCUCCCUGCCCCCCCCCCCCCGCGAUUGGUGGGAUUUUUUUGCAGCCAGCAGGCUGUAGUUUCUGUGAUUGGUGGCUUUGUCAAGGGUUUUCGUUGAUUGGUUGCUGCCUGCUAUCCUUGAGCACUUGCCAGUGUGUGUGUUUUUCUCCCCCCCAAAAAAAACAACAACUGUGAUCCAAGCUGCCCAAAAAGGCUCUGCUAGUCUUGGCAAUCCCCCCAAAAAACUGGGCAAUGCCCCCCCAAAGCUCUAUGUGUUGUUUCUGCUCCAAGUGCCACAGGAAGUGUUUAUAAUGCAUGUGAGUGUUUUGCUCCCCCCCAAAAAAAACUGUGAUUCAAGCCCCCCCAAAAAAGCUCUGCAAGUCUUGGCAAUUCCCCCCCAAAAGACUCUGGGCAAUACCCCCAAAAGCUCAACGACUCAGGGAAGCCCCCCCAGCUCAUUUUAUUACGGUAUAUUAAUUAUUAUCCCAUAUUAAAUUGCCGUGUUGGGACUUCGUGAUAAAUUAGUAGGUUUUGGGUUGCACUUUGGGCACUCGGUCUCCAAAAGGUUCGCCACCACUGUCAUAGGAGGUCAGCAACUGUUAAAAGCCUGCUUUGUCGCUGUAUUUUGGUCAGUGGUAGAGCCCAGAUAUCCUGUCCUUGUAAUGCUCAGCAUUUAUGGAAGAUGCAAGCCAUUACCUGAAGAUGCUACCAUGAUUACAGCUGUCAGCAACUUUAACAGAACAAUACUAUGCAUGUCUGCUUAGAAGUAAGCUGCACUGAAUUCAGUGGGACUUGCUCCCAGGUUAGUGUGUAUACCAGGGAUAGCCAGAUGUUCCUGCUUGACUCCAACUCCACCAUCCCCCAGCCAGCACAGCCAACGUUCAAGGGAGGUGGGAGAUGUUGUCCAACAACAUCUGGGAUGGCACCACAUUGCUGCUUCAGAUGUAGGCUGUGCUGCAAUGAAGUGUUUAUUUGUUGUGAUCUCUGCCCAAAUAGGCAGCUGUGAGCUCAGCGGUUAAAAGUGUUAGGGGAAGGACUUUUCUUACUGGUACCUGCCCCCCGCCACCAGCGGGGAGAUAACUUCUUUAGGCUGAGCUUUCUGUCUUUCUUCUCCAGGCCCAAGAGCCCAGUUUGACUGGCGAGAUGCCUUGCAGUUGGAGAGGCUCCUGUCUCCGGAAGAAAUAAUGAUUCGCGACUCAUUUCGCACCUAUUGCCAGGAAAAGUUGAUGCCCAGGAUCCUCAUGGCCAACCGAAACGAAGGUAUGGUUUGUUUGUUUUUAAAGUAUUUAUUGAGUACUUGUAGCCUGGUACUUUGUGCUAUGUGAGUUGGUGCAGGAUACUGCCCCUUCCCUAAAGGUGGGGAAUGGCUUGUUUCAUCUUCCACAUGAAUGUGCCAGUGCGUUUAAUAGCUAACCACAGAGUUACUAAUUUAAUGGGCUGAUUUGAUGGGGCCCUGGAAGGAUCCAUGAUCCCUGCUGUGUGUUUUGGAUCAACACCAAAAAUGAGACUGGCUUAUCACCCUUGAAGGCUCCAGGAGUUAAAUAUUUCUCAGGGGGUUUUUUGUUUUUGUUUUUUAAGUUUUUAAUCAUUUUGUUGAAUUUGUGUUGAUUUUUUUUUUGUAGAGCAUCUUGCAUGACCUUCAAGUGUUGUAUCCGUCAUAAUAUAAUAAAUGCUGCAUUUGGGUGGUGCGGGCUUUGUGUGGCUCUAAGCCAUUUUGUACUUAUGGCAGAAGCCUGUAGAACAGUUGCUUUAAAGGGGUUCCCACACUUAAUGUGCCGACCAUCCUUCAUGCGCUACUAGUAGCAAUUUAGAAACGGUCAUUGCAUCACUCCCAUGCUAUUAGACAUAGCAUUGAAGACCAGGGCUCUGUGGGCCAGAAAAGAAGCAUGAAGAUGUAGUACUCAUAGCAGGUUCUGCCUACAGUUUUGCUAUCUAUAUUUCCAUUCUCCCUUAAUUCCUUUCCUUCUCUAUUUUUGCAGUCUUUCACCGGGAAAUUGUGUCAGAAAUGGGGGAACUGGGUGUCCUUGGCCCUACUAUCAGAGGUAAUGCCAUGUGGCUCUUUUAUAGUGUCUGAAGAAAUGGCUGGUGUGAUCUGGUUGUGCUCCUGUUGAUGUGAUGAUGGUGGUGUUAUCCUCCUUUCUAAAAAAAAAAAAAACAAAUUGGGGUUUAUGGAGCCCUGUAGCUGCUGAUCAUUUAAUUGCUUUUGAAGUGUUGGGGCUCAUUAUUUUUAGUGAGCUAGUGAAACAUUUUGGCUGUUCUAAGGCUGGUUGAAAAUGUAUUUGCUUUAUGUUGUUUGCAUGCUGCUUUAUAAAUAUACAGUAAGGUAAAGGUAAAGGGACCCCUAACCAUUAGGUCCAGUCGUGGCCGGCUCUGGGGUUGUGGCGCUCAUCUCGCUUUAUUGGCUGAGGGAGCCGGCGUACAGCUUCCAGGUCAUGUGGCCACCAUGACUAAGCCGCUUCUGGCGAACCAGAGCAACGCACGGAAACACUGUUUACCUUCAUGCCAGAGCGUUACCUAUUUAUUUACUUGCACUUUGACGUGCUUUCGAACUGCUAAGUUGGCAGGAGCAGGGACCGAGCAACGGGAGCUCACCCCAUUGCAGGGAUUCAAACCGCCAACCGUCUGAUCAGCAAGCCCUAGGCUCUGUGGUUUAAGCCACAGCGCCACCCGCAUCCCUUAUAAAUAUACAGUACAGCUGCAUAAAAUAUUGGAGUAUUUUAAAGGGCAAAAAUAAGUUCCUAAACUGCAAUAACAUUGUUCUCCUUUUGUCGUCCCCCCCACUGCCCCCACAAUCAUUGUCAGGAGUUGGUGGCGCAAGAUGCACUUAGAACUCAUGGCUCACUUGCUAAAUCUGUGCAUCUGCUUCUCUUAGGCUAUGGCUGUGCAGGAACCACCUACGUAGCGUAUGGACUCCUGGCAAGGGAGAUUGAGAGAGUGGACAGCAGCUACCGUUCGGUCAUGAGUGUACAAUCAUCUUUGGUGAUGCACCCUAUAUAUGCAUAUGGGACAGAAGAUCAGAGGCAAAAAUACUUGCCAAGGCUGGGUGAGUGAGUAGGGUUCAGAUGCUGGAUGUGAGAGAUCAGAAUUUAGUUGCAUUUCUAGACUGUGGCCUGUUUUUCUUUUGCCUUCAUUGUCUUUUACUUAACCGGUAACUUAGGCUUCAGUCCUAACCCCACUUACCUGGACGUAAGCCCCAUUCAGUUCAAUAGGCCUUCUUUCUGAUUAGAAAUUGUAUGGUUUGUGCUGUAAAUGCUGAGAUGCAGGAACUGACAGAUUUUCCGACUACUGUAUUCAUUCUUUCAGAAAAGUCUGGGGGGGUUUCAGUCCACUCGCAGUCUUCAGAAAAGUGAUGUGGGCGGAAGCAUGAGCCUCGACGACAGAGAGGGAAAGAAAGGGGUGCUCUGGGGAGCAGCUGUAGCUCAUCAUGUCUUUCUCCCCACAGCCAAGGGAGAGUUGCUGGGCUGUUUUGGGCUUACGGAGCCCAACCAUGGGAGUGAUCCUGGUGGCAUGGAGACCCGGGCCAAAUACAACCCCUCCAGAAAGACUUACACACUCAACGGCACCAAGACCUGGUGAGCUCUGCAGCUGUCAUGGUGCUCAAGUGGGCAGGGGAGUUACCCGGAGCAGACUGCAGGCAACAGCAACAGUCUAGAUUUAUCAGAAGAUUUAAAUACCAGAAUGAGGAAAUACGGAGGGACGCAGGUGGCACUGUGGGUUAAACCACAGAGCCUAGGACUUGCCGAUUAGAAGGUCGGCAGUUCGAAUCCCUGCGACGGGGUGAGCUCCCGUUGUUCGGUCCCUGCUCCUGCCAACAUAGCAGUUCAAAAGCACGUCAAAGUGCAAGUAGAUAAAUAGGUGGGAAGGUAAACGGUGUCUCUGUGCGCUGCUCCGGUUUGCCAGAAGCGGCUUAGUCAUGCUGGCCAUGUGACCCAGAAGCUGUACGCCGGCUCCCUCGGCCAAUAAAGCGAGAUGAGCGCCGCAACCCCAGAGUUAGUCACGACUGGACCUAAUGGUUAGGGGUCCCUUUACCUUUAUGAGGAAAUACUGCCUUAUACAGCUGGCUUCAGACAGACAUUGCUUUCUGGGGAAGGCUGGAUACCCAACUCAGCUCCGCUACCCAUCCUGGAGAAUAGUCUCCAUGCCUUAGCUUUCCCUGUUGAGUGGCCCCUUUGGCCUCCUGGGUUGAGAUUUAGUUGACCAGAAUCUUUUGCAUUCUGUAAGACCUGCUCUGGGUGGUGUACCCAAACAUCUGACACCUGCUUGCCGUCCUCUCAGGAUCACCAAUUCUCCAGUGGCCGAUCUUUGUGUGGUGUGGGCCGUGUGUGAGGACGGCAAAGUGCGGGGUUUCCUCUUGGAACGUGGAAUGAAGGGUCUCUCCACUCCAAAGAUCGAGGGCAAGUUUUCGCUGCGAGCCUCUAUCACGGGGAUGAUUGUUAUGGAGGAUGUGGAGGUGCCCGAAGAAAACCUGCUGCCCCAUGUGUCUGGACUUGCUGUAAGAUUCCUUCCUGUUCACUUUGAUCCUGCCUUCCAGAAGAUAUACUGGGCAGGGCACUAGCAUUGAAUCUUCUCUCACAAACCCCACCCCAGUGGCAAACCAGGAUCAGUAUCACCCGCUGCAUUCUUGAAUGCACUGCAAAAGGGCCACCCCAUCUUCACACAGUGUUAUCUGUGGGACUUGUUAUCAUAAGAUGUGGUGAGGGCCUCUAACUUAGAUGACUAUAAUUAGACAAAUUCAUGGGUGGUUGGUCUUUCAAUGGCUUCUUGUUAUGAUGACUGUAAACUACUUCAAAGACACCAGUUACUGGAGAACAACAGUGGGAGUGGGCUGUUGCAGUUAUUUCCUACUUUUAGGCUCUCGAUAGGCAUUUGGUUAGCUCAGGCUUCCUCAACCUCGGCCCUCCAGAUGUUUUUGGCCUACAACUCCCAUGAUCCCUAGCUAGCAGGACCGGUGGUCAGGGUUGAUGGGCAUUGUAGUCUCAAAACAUCUGGAGGGCCGAGGUUGAGGAAGCCUGGGUUAGCCUUUGGUCUGAUCCAUGAGGACUGAGUUUAUAGUAAUAAAUAGAGUGACAUAUUCCAGGUCUUUAAAUAUGUUUAGGGGUGUCAUAGUGGGCACAACAGAUUUUUAUUUAUUGGAGAUGGGCGGUGGUAGUCCAGUGCAUUUUUAAAAUUAUUAUUCAUUAAACUUAUUGGUUGAUUUUUAUUUUUACCAAGGUAACUCAAAGCAGCUUACAAACACAUACAUUGAAAGUAACAUACAGUAUAAGAAAAAGCAAAGAAAAAUCUAAAACACAAACCUAUUCUUAACAGGCAGGAUUAAAACCCAUUCCAAAUUUAGCAAAAUGUUAGGCUCGAUCAAGGCAUUUCAAAUGAAAAACUGUAAAUUAAAGGACAUGUUGAUCUAAUUUUUGCAAUAAAUAUGGGGAAGCAUCCCCUCAAAAAAAUUAGCUCAGAAGAGGGAAGUUCCAUAUAGGAAGACGACUGAUUUGGGAGAUCUCUUGCAUACAUUUCCAUGGCUAUCGGUGGAGAAUAUCCUUCACAUUUCAACCCCCUUCUCCCACCCCCACCCCACAAACUAACACUAAUUUUACGGGACUAAAGCUGGGGAAAUUAAAAAUAUGAAAAGGUGGCAAACAUUAUGAACUGUCCUAAAUGUUGCUCCAUUCAGGUUUAGAGUUCCAGAAGCUAAUCUAUAGGGAGUCUUAGCAGCAGAACUGAGGGAAUCCUGGUCAAUAUCUUACCUGAAUCUCUUCCCACAGGGUCCCUUUGGCUGCUUGAACAAUGCUCGCUACGGCAUCGCUUGGGGAGCGCUGGGAGCUGCUGAAUUCUGUAUGCAAACUGCCAGGCAGUACACCUUGGACAGGUACUGUUUUAAGAGGUGGGGAGGGGGUACCAGAUUUUUGAAGAUAGCAUAUGGGUGUAUAAUACUUCCAUAUCACUUGUUUCUCGAGUUCCUUGUGUUUGGCAUGCAUUCCCAAAGCCAUCUUUACAACUCUGUAACGACUCUAGCUGUAUAAUAGCAGAAAGCAACUUCACCUCACCAACCAAUGGUGUCUCGUAGGUCCCAGUUUAAAGUCCCUCUUGCAAGAAACCAGCUUGUCCAGAAGAAGCUGGCCGACAUGCUCACAGAGAUCACUAUUGGCUUACAAGCUUGCCUACAACUGGGACGCCUGAAAGACGAAAACAAGUAAGUGUGUGCAUGAAUGAAAGCAGAAAAUUGGUUCCUGCUGUAGUGAGAGUUCCGGGGGGCGGGCGGGGGGGGGGACUUGGUUGAUCUUUCUCCUCCUAAGGGGUUUUACUGACUGGAAGAAGUAUGGGAUUGGUUUGUGGAUAAGGAGCACUCAUUGCAUUUCAAAAUACAUGCAUAUAUUUCCAGGGUGAACAAGUUAGGGAUUAAGUGGUGAUGUCCUGAGGUGGUAGAAUUAAUUGCUGCCCUGCACCCCUUCCAUAUCUCCUGUUUCUCCCUUUUAAAUAAAAAAAAAUCACAAAUAUUGUCCCUAACAACAUGUUAAGCAUUGUCCUUGUUUGGGUACUCUGCCUAUGUUUUAAAACAAAAGCUCCCAACAGUCUUCUAAUUCCCUGCUCCUAUUCUGUUAUUUCCUCUGUGUUCCCAGAGCAACCCCCGAGAUGAUCUCCAUGCUGAAGCGGAAUUCCUGCGGGAAGGCUCUGGAGAUUGCCCGGCAAGCCCGUGACAUGCUGGGGGGCAAUGGAAUUGCUGACGAGUACCAUGUUAUCAGGCACGUCAUGAACCUAGAAGCUGUCAACACGUACGAAGGUAAAUUGGUUUCCUGGCUUUCUUCCUGCAAGAUCACAGUUUUGAGGAACUUCUGUUGGGAUCAGAAAAUAAAUAUGGAGGACUGGAAAAGAACUGUUAGCAAGGUUGUAGCAUAAAGACAGCCAUCUUCUUUUCCUUUCCUUUUUCUUUAUUUGAUGUAUCCCUUAAGGCACUAUAAGGCACCAUUUGUUUGGUACAUACUGUAUGAAACUUGCCAAGCCAUACACCACCUUGCAAAUCCUUCCCCCUACAAAGUGGAUCAAGGAAAUCCAUGGAGUGUUGGAACUAUUCUAACAUUACUCAAGCAACAUGAGAGCCACUGCAGAGAGGCCUCUGUCCAAGCCACUAGAGAAACAUCAGGGGCCCAGACCACAUGCAAAGAGUCUGUGAUGGAGAUCUUUUCUAUGAUAAUGUUACCUCAUUGUGGAGAGAGACAUUGCCAGCAUAAGAAGGAGCCACAUUGUGGACACUUUGCUCACAGUGACCCUAACACCAUACCAAAAAACCCACACUGUAACAGCAUCCACCUAUCAGAAUGGGCCUUAAGUCUAGGCAUGCAUUCUGCAAAAGUGUGCAGUUCAUUGGUCUGUUUAGAUCUGUAUUGUCUACACCAAUUGUUCCCAACCUUUUUUUGGCCAUGCCCCACCUAAACAUCUCUAAAAUCCUGAUGCACCCCCCACCCCGUGACAUAUAAUUCUUAUUAUUCAAAAAGUGAAUUCCUGUUCAUGUGGAGGAAGCCUAAAAGGACAUUAACAUGGUCUAACUCAUUCUCGAAUUGCACCCCCCCCCUUAAAAAUCAAAUUGGCCCCCUGUGGGAACUAUGGGUCUACACUGACUAAUGGUGUCUCUCUGGGAUUUGAAACAGGUCUUUUCCGCCCUACCUGGGGAUGCCAGGAAUCAAACUUGGAAGCCCAUUUUUUCAGACCGCUUACUUUUGUUUUUUCCCCAGGGACCCAUGACAUCCAUGCGCUCAUCCUUGGGAGAGCUAUCACUGGACUUCAAGCCUUUACCGUCAGCAACUGAAUGCAUUUCUGCAGGGUUCCUCUUCGCUGCUCAUGGCUCCAAUGCAGUGGGGUUUGGUGAUGCCACAACGGUUUUAAAAGCUAUUGCUGCUGACUGGACUCUAAACAAAUAUGUUUCUUAAGCUCAGCUCAAUUAUUUGUCAUGAAUUUGAAGCCAUACCAAAACCAGGCACUCAAGAAUACUUACUUCUCCACCAGGAGGCAUAGAGAUAAAGAGCAUUAAGAUGGCAAAAGAGCACAUCAUUAAGACUUGGAUUAUCCUUUCAGUGGGUAGUAGGGAGGGUGAUGGCAAGCAGAGAAAGUUGCAAUAUAGAGGAAUCGCACAGUUCAAACAUUGCCAAAUUGUCUAGGAGGCAAGCUGUUUUGGCACGUAACUCUGCCAAACAGUCAUGCUAUGAAAAGCUCUCUGCUGCCCCAGGACCCAGCCAGGACAAUAGCCUUGGUUGCUUAUUAGGUGUCCAUAACUGCAGAUUAUCUGCCAUUUUAAUGAUUUACUGUUCUUUUGAAUGCAGCCCUUGAGGUUACUAAGCAUUAAGAGUGGGAAUUACAACUUACUGUCCACUUUGCAUUCGUCCUGUCAUGCAACCUUGAGCAAGCUGCUGCCUUUCAGUGCCUCAGUACCCAUUUGUUAAACAAGGACUGACAUUUGAGCAGAUUGUUUUUUAUGUUGAGCUCAGCUAGGGCUUUUUUGAACUUGUGAUUCUCAUGUGAGCUUUUUCUUAAAUAAUAAAUUGAAUUUGGUGGAUUUUCCACAGCAGAUACAUGUAUGUGAAGUUGAAGAACUGAUGUGCCAUUUUUAUCGGGCAGGUGACCAGUAGCAAUCUAAAGCUAAUUUCAAACCGGUUUGGACAGUAGCAGACAGUGGUGGGGCUGCCCCAGUCACCUGGCCUCCCUCCAGCUAAGUGGCUACUGCCUACCAGGAUGGAGAGGGGAAGGGCUGAGGUGGCAGUGAGGUUGGCAUGGUGGAAUCGCACUGAUGGAGCCAAUCAGUGCUCCUGGCAUGUUUCCACUGCGCUGACCUCAUGCAUCUUCUUUCCCUUGUCACCACUCCCCUCUCUUCCCCUGAAGGUGUCCCUUAAAUGUUCCAUCAGCUGUGUGGGGAUGUCUUUCUGUGAGUAGCUCCUGCACAGUAUGGGAAACAUUUAAGUGACUCAACUUUGGUCAAGUUUGUGGUCCCAGCCACAACAUCACUCCAAAGUGGGGUGGAAGCUUGCCAGAGGCCCCUGCCCACUUGCCACUUUGCAUUCUUUAUGUGUUACAUAAUCCCUGUUGUUGUGGGGUGGAAUUCAGGAAGUUGUAAGUGGGGAUGUGCCGGAAGUUUUUAGGUGUUUUUAGCACCUGCGGUCUAUAGCCACAUUACAAUGGGUGGGGCUUAGAGGCUGACCUCAGGUUCUUCCAUACUACACCAUGUUUUCAGAAACACUCUAGAAAUAAAAUUAAAAUGAUGAUUCCUUGCAACACUUGAUGACAACACAAUAUAUAAUCUUGGCUUGUCUCCGGGGCCAAGAUCCUUUUAUAAAGUUUAGAUCCUUCUCAUUGUGGGAUCUUUUCUGAUUGUUUCCUGCUUUACACAAUAGCAUACUGAUGAACUGACCCCAGAAUUGCUCAUUAGUUGCCUAUGGGGUAGGAUAUUAAUGGCCCCUUUGAAGGAAAGAGGAACUGACAGACUAGGGAGCAGUUAUGGGGCUGAUUCAUUAGUAUUGCUGCUGCAGCACCUAAAAAGAUGCAAAAUGAACAAGUAGGAAGCUUCUAAUUAAAGGUAGAGAGGCCUGGAAAGCCUCAAUAAUGUAUUGUCAAUCCACUGUGGACAGGCUGGCAAUUGCUUUGUACCUACAAUAAGACAACGACAGGAGUAAUACAAAGAAAACAAUGUUACAGGCUGGCAGUGAUGUCUUCUGGAUUCUCUGAAGCAUGUGAACCCAAGCAUAGCAAUUCCAGAUAAAAGUAAACUUAAUGCUGCUGCUGUUUUUUAAAUUUCUCACUGUGCUUUUAUUACCUUCAGCUGAUUCUUUUUAUUGCAGUUUGCGUUGGAUAUUUUUAAUAGAAAACCAGCAUAUUUUAAAUAUAAUAAAUAAUUUUAAAACUGGGUUGCAAGCAGUGGCAGCAGCUGAUUGUGAAAGUGUCUCUGAAUGGAAGUUGGCUGAGUUUACCUUAAAAACAACUCUGCUGAGUAUAAUCUGUAUACCAACUGGUUAAAUUCAGAGUGAAUUGAGCACUAUUUACUCUCAACUCAGCAUGCUUCCAGGCCAGUGUAAAACAUGAACAUAAGAUCUUAAGCUGUCACUGCCACACCCAAGGAAGCAAUUACUUUUUGGAUAGGUCCAUGAUAAAUUAAACGAAUUAGCAUGCAUACUUAAAUUAGCAAGUUCAAUUUCAAUAGUGAUCCUGAAUACCAAUUCUAUCCCAGGCGUUCUAGAGCUGAAACAAAGCUCUCCUUGGUUAAUUAUGAUGUCAAAUAUCUUACAGAUCUUCUCUGAAUAUUUGCCAGGCAUUGAAUAAUUUAUAUUCAAUUAUAUCAAUAUAGUAUAUGACAGCAACUAAUGCACCUGUUUUAAAACGGGUUACAUGAAAUCUAAAUGGAACCCCAGCUAGUAAUCUGGCCAAUGCACUUUGAAACAGAUGAAGUUUCUGAGUCAUCUUUAAGGGCAGCCCCAUGAAAAACACCUUGCAGUAAUCCGAUUUGGAAGUUACCAGAGCAUGCAGUACAGUAGCCAAGUAAUUUCUGUCCAAAAGGGACUGGAGCUGUUGUGGCAACUGGAGUUGAAAAAAAUGAACUUCUAGCCACUGAGGUAACUUGAGCCUCUAGUGUAACUUGAAUUCAGGAACACGCAGGGAGCAGUGGCAAGAUCAUGGGACAGAGCUGUGCACGCCAUGCAGCCUGCCUUUCACUCCUUAAGUUAGUUUGCUAUCUUUGUAUGUAGUAGAGGAUACUGCCCCAUCAUCAGUGUUGAUUUUAAUAUCAACUUCCAGUCCAGUCAUCCUGUUUUCAGCAAAAUGUUUUGGGCCAGCGCUGCAUAUCAAAUGAGAUAGUGUUUCAUAUGUUCCCUAAAUUGUUGUUGCAUGCAUCAUUAUCUUGGUGGUAACAAAACAUCCCUGGCUUAAUUGCAAUGCAUACUUUGGUACAAAACUUGCAGAAAUAACUAGCAGUUGUAGCAUAAUUAAUAAGCCAUCAUGGCCAGAAAACUGAAUAGUUCAGCACCCUUAAAAAAUUGCCCUGUUGGAAUAGCUCAAUGAUGACAAAAUGGAAGCAGGAGACAGAAAUUGGGGACUAUGUUUCCCUUCAUUCUGCUUUAGUCAGUAUCUGUUCAAGUCAUCUGUUAUAUUUAUAGUUUCUUAAGACAUAAUGGCAGUAGUUCAAACUCUUCUGUUAAACAAAAAUAAAGUACAGUUUUUCAUGCUAAUAUAUUUCCAAUUUUAUUGAGUUUUCACCCUGGAAUAAUUUGACUCGUACACACAAGCAAAGAAUGAUGAACAAAGUGCCUGAAAUUUGCUUACUGAGGGCCAAGUGUGAUAUCUGUUGCAUAGUUUGGUUUUGUAGUUGAUUUUUUAUUAAAUGAAGGGGAGGAGCCUUUAACUCUUUGUUCCUACUGUGUAGUGAUAGGAAUCCCACCUCCCAUGAUACCAAUUGUGAUGUAACAGGUGUGUGAGAUAGGCCGAGGCAGGCCUGUGGCAGGGGCAAAGGAGUAAAGGCACCCUCCUGCCAUUCAGUGGUCCCAAUCCUGCUACCCCACCCUUCCACUUUAGCUAUUUAACAAAAAUCUGCUAUAUAAUAUGAACAUGUCUAGUUUGAUCCUGAUAACUGGGAUUCAAUUUGUUCCUUUCUGUUUAAAUACGUUCUUCCUUUCCCCACCUUCAUUAUUUUUUAAAGUAUUUUUGAAACAAGUAACAAAUUCAGAACAACAAAAACAGUCAGAACUCAGGUUACGGGGCUUGGGGUACCAAGUGAGUAUAUAUCCAUUACAUUCACCAGUGAUGCAAAAGGACAUGUAACAAUAUCCCCCAACUUUUUCUCUCUCCAUGCAAUCACAAUUCAGACUGCUCACACAGGUCUUUAUAUAACAUCUCCACAGUGUGACAGACCUUCCUGAGCUCUGCUUCAAUUUGUUUGAUCCUCUCCAUGAUCUGGUACAGCUCUUGGAUUUUAUCUUGAAUGAGCUUGUUAUGAUGAUCAUAGACAGGGAACAUGCUUUCCUCCAACUUCUCUGCCAAGCUUGAAACCUUUUUGGUAGAAAGAGAAAAAAGCAGGAGUUAAAGUAGACUUUAGAUUUCUAAGGACUCCUUAGUAAUAGGGUUUCCCUGAAUCAAAAGACUACCUGCUUUUCAUUUCUAACACAAAUGUGUCCACCUGUGAGUAGCUAAGGAUUAAGUGAUAAUUCCUUAAGAGUGGCUAUGCUCACACAUCAGCUGUAUGACAGUCACAUUUAUAUGUAGGGUCUAGGAAGUAUAGCAAAAUGAAAUGGCAGGAUCGAGCUGUGACAAGUUAGAACACAAAUAGGCAACCAUGCAGUAAUUUUGAGUUCCUUUGAAGUGGUCACAAAACGCUAUUUGUGGUGUGGUCACUGUGGGGCUUUUUCAGGUGUUACUGAUGCAACAUGGGCAUGUCAGUAAACAUAUAGGAAGGAGAGCCUGGCAAGCAGAGGGUGGCAUGCUAAACACUGAUUGCACCAUGUUGGUCUCCCCACUGCCUUGCCCACUAAACAACAGCGACCCACCUACUGGAAAACUAGUGUAGCAGCUCCACCCCACCAAGGGAACCACUUCUGCCAAGCACAGAACAGUGCAGAGUUCAUGGAUGAAGAUGAGCAAAUUAGUCAAUAUGGAUGUGGAAAAAGCACCUUUCAAUACAGGAAGUGGGAAGAGGAAAGAAUUGAGGGAGUUUGUCCAGUCGAUGGAGGGGAUGUGGUAUGAGGGAAUAAACUCAAGGCUGGUACUUAACAUUUUUCCAGGACACUGGUGUUAACUAAGAUUUGUAAAUCUUAGUUAAAUGCACCAGGUAGAUUUGUAAUGUUUUGGGGGAAAAUAAUACAAAACAUUUGCUAACUGGCAAGAUGGAGCUCAACAAUUCUUUCCUGAUCCUCAGAUUCCUUGCACUCCAUUACCCCCACAUAUUUACCUUCAUCAAAAGACCUUCUCGGAAAUUGUUCAUGAGCACUUGGUCUUCUUUACGCUUCUCAUUCAUCUUAUCAAUUAUUUGCUGGGCUCUUUCUUGCAGAUUUUCAAUAGAUGAAUCAAGGGCUAUGAAAUAACUUGAGGAUUUGCUGUCUGACUCCCCUCCAGUUGUAUUUGAAUUAGGAAGAGGUGUGUUGGAAGUUUCUUUCCUAUAUAUAAUGAAAAAAUGUCAAAUGCUGUUUGAAUUGUCUUCAUUUUUGCCUUUGAAUUCAAAACAGCAAAGGCACCAAUAUUUUACUCAAGAGAGGGGGCUACUCAAUUUAUCUGAUUUUUUAAAGAAGUUCAAAUUAUAAAGAAAUUGGUUAUGCAUGCACACAAAAUAAGCCAAAAGAAAUGAAUCAUAAUUUAGUCAUAUCUUACAACAUAUUCUCCUACUUCACAGGAUUAUCAAGAAAGUUUGCUCAAAAAAGUAACAGGAAGAAAAAGUCAAGACCACUCAGUCCAGACACAAGGGGACAUAACACCAAACUGGUUUCUGAUUCCAAACCAAGGUGCAUUUUUUGGGGGGGGGGGAUUCUCAUUGGGGGCAAACAUAUUCACUGUAAAUUCAAUAAAAAAUUGCCAGAUGUUAUAAAAUGUAUCUUUCUUAAUUUGUCCCCUAAAGAGACAUAUUUUGCUUAAUUAUUCUGAGACUGACAGGAAUCAGGCUUUGUUGUACCAGGUACCCAGCAAGAGGUCAAGGUAUUUCCAAUGUCUAGUGAUAACCAAUCUGGCUGCCAUUAAUAGGAAGCCUACAAGUUCCUUGAGCUUUCAGUCUUUAUUUUAGUUUUCACAGUAAUGGAACAGGCAGAAGAUUCUGGCCCAUAAUACAGUUGAUAUUGAUGAAAAUUAUAUCCCCAAAGAAUGUUGCUUUGGGACACUUCCACCAAGUAAGUCUCUUUACUGUGCCAAUAUCGCAAGCAGGAGAGGUUGUUUUUAAUGUAUGGAAAAGUUGCACUGGCAUAUUGUGCCAAUGAAACACUUUUUGAGAAUUACCUCCACUGGCACCAAAAGAUUCCAGGUUUUCUUCAUAUCCAAGUCUCUGCCACUGCCCCUUCCUCCAAAAAGCCCAGGGGGAGCAUUGAGAAGGUUAUCCCAUUUUAUCCUCACAACAGCCCUGGAGGCUGAAAGCCCACCAGUGAAUUUCAUGAUUGAGCCAAAGAACCCCAUCCAAAGUUCUACAUUUCAUCUAGUAUUCCCUUGAUUGAAGAAAUAUGGACUCAUUCCUUCUCUCUGAACCCAUAAUUCAGUGGGGGGUCACGGGAAUAUCCUCAGGAAUGGGCCCUGGUCUUGCAUUACAUGCAACAGGGCAGAGAUUACAUGUUGCAUUACAUGCAACAGGGCAUUUACAGGCAGGGCUGGGAAACACACCUGUCUGAAGCCCUGAGGAGCUGCUGCCAGUCUGUAGAAAAUACUCAGGUAGAUGGACCAAUACUAUAAGGAAUAUUUCUAUGUUCCAAUGGUUGUGGCCAUAAUGUGCAUAAUAUUAGUCAAGCAUCCACAUUUUGGUUAUGUGGUACUCUGGACCAGGUGCAGCUGUAGCUGAUACUGCUAAGUGUUCCCGUACUAGGAGUGAACCACUUUCAGUAAGAAUUUACACUGAAAACCAAUCUCUCUAAAACAUUUGCUUUAUGAAUGAUUCCACCUUUGUUACCCAUAUCAACUCCUUCACAUUUGUUAAAUCGUUAGAUUAGGACAUGCUUUUGUCAAUAUGCACAGUUACCGAGUUUUUGCUCUAUAAGACUCACUUUUUCCCUCCUAAAAAGUAACGGGAAAUGUGUGUGCGUCUUAUGGAGCGAAUGCAGGCUACGCAGCUAUCCCAGAAGCCAGAACAGCAAGAGGGAUCGCUGCUUUCGCUGCGCAGCGAUCCCUCUUGUUGUUCUGGCUUCUGAGAUUCAGAAUAUUUUUUUUCUUGUUUUCCUCCUCCAAAAACUAGAUGCGUCUUAUGGUCUGGUGCGUCUUAUAGAGCGAAAAAUACGGUAUUUUAAGAUUUAACAGUACUUUGGUAUUUUGGUUUAUUUGGUGUUUUUUUAAAAUAUGUGAUUCUUACCUGGAUGGAUUAUCACUUAAGUCAUUUCUUUCUAGAUUAGUGAAGAUGUCAAAUGGACUGUCAGGUUUAUCUUGCUCCUGCUCUGACUCUUGGAGCUGAAAUUUCUUAUUAGACAUAGUAGCCUGUAAUGAUGAGGAGAAUAAGUUUAUCUAUAACACAGAGAUUUAAAAAACAACAACGGAUAAUUACAAAAUACUUGUAUUACAAAACAUAUGUACCAUUUCUCUAUAAGGAAAAUUAUAAUAAAUACUGUAACUAACAGUGAAUACUCUCAGAAAUUCAGGACAAGCAUGCUGAGCAGAUUUAGGCAUAUUUUGUCUGUGGUCAGCACAGUACAUGUAACUGUUCAUUCAGAAUCCACUAAUCAAAUCUGUUGUGGGUGAUGGAAAAUGCUAAAAUCUCAGAUGGCUCUUACUGAUCUUGCCUGGGUCAUGAAAGAGAUAAAAUCCUCAUCUAGUUCCAGAUGAAAUCCAAGCCUAGCAUUCAAUAACUACGUUUACUUGGAUUCCAUCCUUGGCUUAGGCCCGUAUUUUUCCAUCACAGGACAGGACAUUAGACUGCAAGCCAUUUCUGAAACUCCAAAGCUGGUUUUGACGCAGCAGAGGCAUCAGCUGAACAGUAAAAUAAGACACUCAAUGUCUUGUGCAUGCAGAUGAGAUAUACUUCCUACUCAGGAUUGUGGCUAAUAUGGAAAAACAGUUAAUAAGGUGAGGACAGAGAUGCCCAUCUCUCUCACAUGCCCACCUACAUAAUGACAGCAACUUGAGGUUAAAUAAUAAACCUGCAAUAGAAAAAAAUAAUCUGAACUGAUUUUCCUCACCCUCCACCCCUAGUUUGCCGAGAGCCAAAGAAAUGAUGACUUCUUGAACAACUUCUAAUCUGUUCAGCUUGGAGUCGUCUGGAGAGCAUUCUAUCCACAAUUUGAUUUAUCCUGCUUCAUUUAUAGUCAUUGUGUUCAGGAAAUUCAAGUAGGAAAGGAAUUAAGUGCAAUCAAGUGCUCUAUAUGUGUAUCUGAGAAUGAAUCUGAAUCACUAUGUAUGAUGGUUUGCUUCUUUUCAAGUGAGUAAUAUUAAUGUUAAAUAAAUUUUUAAAGAAGCAGUUUUUCUCCUCCAGAACCCAAGAAAAGACAGAAGCGAAAAUAUAUCUGCAUGUAAGAUGGAAAACUGUGGUUUUUAGCUGAUAGGCUGAUGAGACUUGGGAGCAAAGAAAAACCUCAGUUCAGAUACCUCUUCAGUCAUGAAGUUGUGUGACUUUGGCCAAGCCCUUCGUUUUUGUCAUGUUGUAUGAAAAAUUGAGGUUAUCAUAAGAGAAUUAGGCUUUUAUAAGUUACGUAUAUCAUUCAGUUCUCCAUUUAAAAGGGGGAAAAAGUUGUCUUUCUUAAACACCUCCCCACUUUUUAAAGCUUUGCUAAUGUUACAAUUAGAGAUAAGGAGGGGCAGGGUUUUUUCAUGACUGAAAAAGUCACUAAAGUAACAAAAUUUUUGUACAGUACCCUGGCACCUUCUUGCUGCCCAGCGGCAGCCAUUUUGUGCUGGCACCCACAACACUUUUAACAAUGUGCGUGUACUGGCACCUCAGGGUUUUUUUACCACAGAAAAGAAAGCACGAGGAGGGGAUUACAAAAUGGUGUAAUCUGUGUACGGUAGGGAGGGGAGUUGAUGGGGUACAUUUCUCUCUGCCCGAUAUUGUAACCAAACGUCUUGUUGUGUGACUAACUACUGUACGAGGUCCAUGGGACACUAUUAAGGACAUGUUUAAGAGACAUUGCUAUAUAAAUAAUCUCUUCACAGAAAUGAAAAAGGAUCACACACACCCUACUCUCAAGAAGGAUCGUGCAUGGAAGAAGAGACCAAAAGAAGAUUGGGGGUGAGGGGUGGGGCUUGAAAAUGAUUUUGUGAGAAAGAGGUGUCACAGUUUACCUUUUUCCUUCACUGAUUUUGUUCUAAGACAAGUGGACCAAACUCUGCCCUGAGGGAAAGCUGCUUCCCGCCCAAAAUUCCCUCAGGGCAGCAGCAAGACUUUUCCUAGCAUUUAAACGGGUAGGAGGGGCCUGGGAACAACUAUCUGCAUUUCCAAAUCACCAGCCACCAGAACACAUUCUGUUCGAAUGAAAGACUAUCUAUUUUUCUAUUUAUUUAUGCUACUACAUAUUUAUUUAUACUCCCCCUGUAGCCUUAUGAGGCUUUGCCCUCGGGUGGAAAAAUAUUGCGCCUGGGAAAGGGAAGUGGGAGUCAACAGACACUCAAGGAAUAGUUUCGGAGAAAAGGCUUUUAUUUCUACCAUCCAUGAACUGGUAGAAGGAGCAAGUGUGAUAAGUCACAAAAAGCAUGCACGAGUUCACAGUCAUGUGCACAAACAUAUAUACCCCUUUCCAGUUCCCUCCUCCUUUCUCCUCCCUCAGGAGUCCUGCCCCAUGUUGAGGUUCCUGAGCAUGUUCAGAUAUGUUUCUUUCUUUUUUUUUUAAAUGAUAUUUAUUAAAAUUUCAAAACGAUACAAGAAUUACACAAAAACACUAAAUGAAAAUACAAAAAAAAUACAAAAUACAGCAAGAAGAAUAAAAAAAACCCCUUAUUAAGAUAUAACAAAACAAUAAAAAAUAAAAAGAAACAAACAAAGUAAAAACAGUUAAAAACACAUUAAUUUUCCAUAGCAUAUCUUCCUUACACUUAUUUCCCCGGACCUCCUCAUACCUCCCUUUUUGUAUUCCAGUUCAGUUUGUUAGUUCAGCAAAUCCUUACCAUUAAGCUUUUACCCAUUUAUAAACCUUUUUCAUAUCUCUUAAAGCAUUACAGCUGGAAACCACUUAGUUUCUAUCCAACAUCCUUCUAAGAUUCAUUAAUUUUACAAUACUUCUGUAAAUAGUCUUUAAAUUUCUUCCAGUCUUCUUUCACUGACUCUUCUCCCUGGUCUCGGAUUCUGCCAGUCAUUUCUGCCAGUUCCAUAUAGUCAGCUUCAUCUGCCAUUCUUCCAGAGUGGGUAGAUCUUGUGUCUUCCAAUACUUUGCAAUGAGUAUUCUUGCUGCUGUUGUAGCAUACAUAAAAAAGGUUCUGUCCUUCUUUGGCACCAAUUGGCCGACAAUGCCCAAAAGAAAGGCCUCUGGUUUCUUCAGGAAGGUAUAUUUAAAUACCUUUUUCAAUUCAUUAUAUAUCAUUUCCCAGAAAGCCUUAAUCCUUGGGCACGUCCACCAAAGGUGAAAGAAUGUACCUUCAGUUUCUUUACAUUUCCAGCAUUUAUUAUCAGGCAAAUGAUAGAUUUUUGCAAGCUUGACUGGGGUCAUGUACCACCUGGAUAUGUUUCAAUCUCUUGUUCUGGCAUGGUUCCCGGACAGAAAGUAAGUUGCAAUGUGGUUCUUUAGCAAGGCCAGAAGACAUGAGAAAGGCCUGAGAAACAAUGGACUGUUCUCUACCUUUGUUACAGCAGAGUGGAAUGUUUCUGAUGCUUAGCUGCUGAGAAAAUGAUUUUGAAAAGUUUUGAGAAGCUUUGAGCCUGCUUUGGCGGGGGGUGACUUCGGGCCUAGGUGAGGUCACCUGUCCUCACCUUCCUUCACCCCCUCUUUUCCUGACAGGGAAUAGCUAUACAGUGGUACCUCGGGUUACAUACGCUUCAGGUUACAGACUCCGCUAGCCCAGAAAUAAUGCUUCAGGUUAAGAACUUUGCUUCAGGAUGAGAACAGAAAUCGUGCUCCGGCGGCAGCGGGAGACCCCAUUAGCUAAAGUGGUGCUUCAGGUUAAGAACAGUUUCAGGUUAAGAACAGACCUCCGGAACGAAUUAGGUACUUAACCCGAGGUACCACUGUACAGUAAUACCUCAUGUUACGUCAUAGUGGGACGUCGAAUUCCACCCAUUGCAUUUAAUGUCAUGCUAUUUAAAUUAAAAUUGUAAUACAGUUGUACCUUGGGUAAAAAUUACAGUGAAAAUGUAUAUUAAAGAGGCAAACUUCUAAUCUUUUAUAGAAGCAGAUUGGUGAUAAUUGAGAACAACUGAGAUGAUUUAAUGACACCUACAGUGGGGCCAGGAACCACUACAUUUGCAAUAAUACAUAGCAUAGAUAAACUGGCAUUGGUCAGCUAAUUAACACAUACAGUAUUAUAAAAAACUGUUGUUUCUAUUUAACCCAAAAGCAGUGGCAUUGAACUUUUUCAUGUAUUGUAAUUCAGCUGUUUCAUGUUGUAUUCUUUCUUGAGUCCAGAAUGGACACCUUAAAAUAAGUUUAUUAAAGAGUGUCCUGGAAGGCUGGUUUGUGGAUAUUGCAGUUUCUCCUGGCAAUGUCCACUUCUUGCUCAGUUCAAAAUAAAAUUAGUUAAACAUUAGUUGCCAGCCAGGGCAAUAUAUACAUAUAAUAUACUUAUAUAUACUUAUAAUUUGACAGUUCUUGCAUUAAUUUGCUGUUCUGCAAAGACAGAUUUGUAGAGUAAGAAUAGGUUAAGAAGGUUGAGAUCCAUGACUCUAAAAAUCCAGAGGAUGGAAAGAAGACUCUUGUCUUUUAAAAGUUAACAAAUCUAGACAGAUUCCACAAUCAGUGAGGAUUUGUGAGUUGUCCUGGAUUUGGGUGACACCACAUAUGAGAUUUGCCAGCUGGUGUAUUUUUACUAUCAUAAUCCAUGUGCAGACAGCACCAAAAUAGCGCUUUGCACCUUAAGAAAAGGGGGCACACCUCCCCCUUGCCUUGGCUAAUAGGAUUACUAAACUAAAAUUAUUACACUACAGAGCACUAAAGCAAAAGCCACCCCACUUUCUUGUUAAAGUGGAGCGAUAUUUUGAAAACGAUCAGAAAAGAAACGCCAGAUAGAGGAGGCAGCGCUACCAGGUGGGAGGAUGAAGUAUUUUGAGCUUAGGAACCCUGUCAAGAUAAAUAUUGCUGAGUGUUUCAUCCAAGUACAUUUCCUUAAGUCCAGAAAUGUGCAAAUAUCCCAGGCAAUUCAUUUCAAUAUGUUAUGGACUAGUUAAUUGAUAGCAACAAUAAAAAAACCUACUUUCAGCUUUUAUUUUAAAAAUAUUUUUUUUUUAAAUAUAAUUUUAAAAUUAAACUUUUGCAGAGUUAAAAGCUCAGAAAGGCAGUUUUAGGGUUCCAGGAGAGUGGUUUUCAACUGGUGGAUCAGGACCUAGUCCUGGGCCAUGAUCUAAGGUGGGUCACAACAACAGGAGUGACUGAAAACUGGGUAACCAACUUUUUACAGUGGUGCCUCGCAAGACGAAAUUAAUUCGUUCCGCGAGUUUUGUCGUCUUGCGGUUUUUUUCGUCUUGCGAAGCACGGUGUCGGGAAAGUUUUGGAAAAGCUUCAAAAAUCACCAAAGUCUUCAAAAGCCUCAAAAAAGGCUACCACACCGCGUGCUAUGAGUUGCUCCUCGAAGUCAAGUCGCAACUGUAUUAACGGUUUUAAGAAAAAGGAAACAAACUUGCAAGACGUUUCCCUCUUGCGAAGCAAGCCCAUAGGGAAAAUCGUCUUGCGAAGCAACUCAAAAAACCAAAAACCCUUUCGUUUUGCGAGUUUUCCGUCUUGCGAGGUACCACUGUAUUGGCUUCUGUUCUGUGACUUUAAAAAACAGUUUAUUGAACAUUUGUGUUAUAUUUUAACUGUUAUAAAUAAUAAUAAACAUUAAAAACAUUUAGUAAGACAGAUACAUUGACAUAUACAGCAAUUAGCAGGUGAUUGUGCUUAUUCCCAUGCAAUAAAUGACAGUUAUUAAAUAGCUAACAACUGGCUGCCUUUUCAUGACACCCAGAGUCAGCUUCCUCACUCUGCUAACAGAAGGAGGAAUUCCGCCAGAUAAAGCUUUUCUUUCUCCACUCCACAUGACCAGUUUUUGUUUUUCCAGAAAUGGGAUAUCUGUCAUUUGUUCCCAGCAGGCCCUGGUGCAACUUGAUACCUGGAUAGCAGUUAAAUAGCCUAAUGUGAAUGUCUACUCUACUACAUCCUCCCACAUUCUAUCUUGAGACUGUGACCAGAUACAAACUCCAUAGCUUCAUCAUCAGCCAACAACCCUCUCUCUCCCCACCUCCUGCAUUAAAUCUGAUUUCUAUCUAUCCUGAAGACCAGUUCUAGAGAACUCAAAAGCUUGCACACUAUACUGUAAUAUUUUGGUUGGCCUAAUAACACUAUUGUCCUAAUAUGGAAGUUCUUUUCUUAUAGUAUCUCUUUUACCUUUUACCUAGUGAGCAAUGUAGCAUUUGAGGGGAACUGCAUCUGUGUGAACACACCUUCUUCCCUACAGACCCUCUCAGGUGUUUUAAUUUGUUGUUGUUUUUUAAAUUUGUUUUUAAUUUUGAAUUUCAAAUUGUUGCUAUGAGCCAUGGAACCUGAGGGCGAAAGGCAGGUUGUAAUUUGAAUAUAAAAUAUAAUAACCAUAAUACAGUACAAUAUUGUUAUACACCACCCCAAAUCUCUGAGCGGUUUGAGAUUUCAAGGAGCUCCAGAUGCCUUUACCAGAGUCUUUCCUUUUGGAGACCGUGGUGCCUUUAUGUUAUAUGUUUUAUUUACACAUAUAUACAACCUGAGUCUGCCGAGGUACCACUGUAGUCUUAUUUAUGUUUUAACACAUGCUGAUUUCCCAGGAUUGAAAAGUGCCUAAUACACAGUUUGGAAUAGUUAAAUUAGUUCUUUCACACAAUUAACAGCAUCUAGCACACAGCUCAAAUACACACAUGAGUAUUGCACCUAGAUUAAUGCACAGGAUCUGGCAUCCAACUUAACACUCAGGGCUUAAUUAAAUCCUGACUCCAGAAAUUAAUGGUCUGGCCCCCACAAGCGCAUAACAAUAUAUUUUAUUUUAAACUGCUGCUUUUUCCAUAUGUGGUGGUCUUGCAAUAAGGUUAAAGUUUACUGGGAAAUGAUAUAUAAUGAAUUGAAAAAUAUGUUUAACAUUCAUAAAAAACAAACAAACCCAGAAGCUUUUCUCUUGGGAAUUAUGGGAUCAGGAUUACCUAAACAGUGUAGAAAUUUAUUUAUGUAUGCGACCACAGCUGCAAGAAUGUUAUUUGCCCAAAAAUGGAAGGAAGAAGAGGUCCCGACGAGAGAAGAAUGGUUACAGAAACUGAUGGAGUAUGCAGGAAUGGCAAAACUUACUGGAAGAAUAAGAAAUCAAGAUAAACUUUUUAGAAAGGAAUGGAAAUGGUUUAUUGCAUAUUUACAAUUAAUCUGUAAUCAGGUCAAGACAUUGGCAGGAUUAUUAUAAAAACCUGCAGUUUCAAAAAUAUAUAUGAGAUAUAUAUGAGAAUAGACGAAUAAAAGAAAAAGUUAAGAUGAUUUAGAGUAUGCAGGAAAGGAUGGAAAUAAAUUAAAAGAACUGCAGAAAGAAGUGGAAGGGAGACGACCUCGGAAAUGUUAAAAUUAUGGUUGAAUAAUUGUUGUAAGAAUAUAAAUGAACUAUCUAUCUAAUUUAUAUACAUUACAACAAAUAUAUGUAUAAAAUGCUGUGGCCAGCUUCCUGCAAUAAUGUGCUCCCUUCAAAACAAAUUCACUUCAUGCUGAUAGUUGUAACUCCUUUAAGCCACUACAUUUAGGAGAUGUGUGUUCAGUUGACUAUUCUUAUCUUGUAUCCUAGCCUCUUCUCUACUGGUCAUUGACCAAAAUAAAUAUACUACUGUGCUGUUAUCAUCAGCUGUGCAUUCAAAAGCCCAAAAUGAGAUCCAACCAGACAGCAAACCAUUCCGUGACAUCACUUGAGUGGGCGGAGUCUUUCCCCUGGGUUUCCCUGGCAAGUGCUCUCUGCACUUAUCAAAGCAGCGGGCUGGGCAGUGACCGCAGCUGCUAAUCUAUUUGUUGUGCUUCUUCAGCGGAGUCCUGAAACCAGAGGAGCUCAGAACUGCCUUCUUCUCAGCUGCUGCCUGCCAAACUUGCAAAGAAGCAGAUGCGCCAUCAAAGCAGGGAACGAGAACAUAAAAUUCAACAUCACCACCCAGGUAAAAGAUGGGGAGGGGUAUGUGGAAACUGGAAGGAAACUUUUAAUAACUGUGCAGGAAAAUGAUGUUAGUUUCUGUCAUUUCUCACAUGACAAGCAGCAGCACCCACCAGAAUUCCCUUUGCUGCACCAGUGGAAAGUGUUAAAAGUACAGGUUGCUUUUGCCCUCGCUAUGGAACAUGUUAAAAUGUGUCUGGUUGCUUUCUCACUUGUUUAAACAGCAGUGCAUUGAUACAAGACCCCUGGAUUUUAUACUGGAUUUGUAGGGAGGGCAGAGAGUCAUAUAACAGGAGCUGAUGCCAAAUCGUCCCUUCUGAUGUACUUUUCCUUCUGUUUCUCUGUGACUAGCUAUAAACUGAUGCACCCCAGAGCCACUCAUAACUGGCACUAACAAUUUAAUGAUAGUGGUUUUUUGUGUGUGCAUUUUCUUUUUUUUUCCAAGCCAUAACUGCAGAGGCAGGCUAGGGGGAAAACAACCAAACAAAAGAGCAGUUAUUUUAAGCCUUGUAAAUCUUAAUAACUUCUUGGAAGGCUUAGGAACAAGUAACAGGAUUCCACAAAGCCUUUGCUCAGUAACCCUCACUGGAAUUAGCAAGAAGGCGAGGAGGCAAAUUUCCCCACAAAUGACUUUAUUGCUUUUAAAAUUUGAAUUCUUUUCUCAAUGGUGUCUUUCUAGCUUUCUCUCCCCCCUUAGAAAUUAAGUGCUGCUCAGUACCAACAACUGUUAUACCCGAUUGGAGGAGGCAGCUUCGCUUCCUAUUGAUUAAUCUGGUUGGGUAGCCAUGUUAGUCUCUUGUAGGAAAAAAUAAGACUCCUGUGGCAAAAUGCAUUUAACAAAGAAGGCUUAUGAUGCAUUGUAUUUAUUAGUUUUAAUAUGCCACUACUACAUCAGGCUGAAAAAACCUGAAUGAAAUUCUUACUACGCAGUGGUGUCCAAACUUUUCUCAGAGGGCCAGAUUUGAUGAAGUGAAGGGCCGUGAGGGCCAGCCAAAGAGCCAAAGUUGUUGACCUUUUUGUAGGAUUGUUAGGAUUGAAAUUGUUGACCUUUUUUGUGAGGUUUUUUUUAGGGUUGAAGUUGUUGAGGUUUUUUAAGGCUUUAACCCCAGGAAAUAAACUGCCACAGGGGCUGGAUUAAACCGACCAGCGGACUUUGGACAUGCCUGGAUUAGGGGCAAACCACUCUUUUUUCCUGCCUUGCUUUUACAAUAUUCAAAAUAGAGACAAUCUUCCUUUCUAAGGGACAGGGUGCUUUUUUUCACAAUCCUUCAUUUCAGCAAGUUGUUGGACAAUGUCAUGAAGUUUCUGUCAAGUGAGAACCUUUCUGACUUUUAAAAUACAGUACAGCUGUCUAGUUCCCAUUUGCCAUGCUAGUGCUAUGAAGAAAGGCUCUGGUACUGUAUCCUUAAUAGCUGCGUAGCUAAAAUGCAUUUUUGGAGAUAUUACAAGGUUUUGAAAAGCUGUACGUUCCUGGAUCCUAGCUGCUAGCAGUGGCCUUAGUUGGGUGAAUAGUCCUAAAUGGUGUUUUUUAGGGAAAAAAAAACAUUUAGAAGGCAAUAGGAAGGUCACUCAUUGAUACUGAUGUGUUAAUUUGCUAUGCUGUCUUGCAUGUCCGCAUUCCUAUUGAUGCAUACGCCUAACAACAUAGACAUGGGACCUGCUUCCUUGUGGUGAGCUCCCACACCUCCCACACCUCUGCCACAUUUCUGGGAUAGUUCCUGGCCUAUGGCUUGGCUACACAGUUAUAAAAUUUAUAAAAGCUUUUUUUUUUAAUUACCAUGUUUAUUAGUUGCCCAACAGCCAAGUUUCUGUCAUAUAAUAAAAACAAUAAAACUCAAUAUACAAUUCUAAAAAGCAUUAAAAAGGUAAAUAUAUCACAGAGAGAAAGCUAAAACUAUAUCCGUUUUAGAACUGCAUUCUGAAACAUUCCAAGUGUUAAAGGAAAAGAUUUAAAAGGCCAUCGUAGCUCGAACACUGAUUCGCUACUGGUUGACUUUUGUUCUGCCCAGUGAAAUAUUGCUGCUUUCUUUGAAUUGGCAACAAGUGCUUCUACAGGAGUCUUAACUUGUAAGAUUAUUGAACUGUAUUGCAUGGCUACAAUGAAGUCUGAAGGUGUAUUUUUUACAGCAAUCCUGCUAUGCUAACCAACAUGCAGCAUCAGCAAAUAUCAGUAACCCAGAACAAGUUAUUGCACAGAGAUAGAGCAGACUUCCAGUUUGCUGUUGCACUCAUGGCUUUGUCUUAGGACUCCUACUACUGAGACAUUAUAAAUCAAACUGAAUUGUCACUAUCCGUACUUUUCGCUUUUAAUUUCCUUCUGACCUCACUAGUUAACAGCUCUGCACCUCUUUACUAUCACCGUGUGUGUGUGUGUGUGUGUGUGUGUGUGUGUGUGUAUAUAUAUAUAUAUAUAUAUGCAACUGACAACUGCCUAGUUUAGGAAUGAUUUAUGCCAUAAUGAAAUGUAACUCUUCAAGGUGCCACAAGAUCCUUUGCUGAUUAUUCAGGAAGGUUUUGUGGAAAGAACUAGUACCCCAUUCUGACUUCAUAUUGCCAUAUCUUUACAAUUAAUUUUGCUCCCUCCAGCUACCAACUUUAUAACUGUAGAAGUGGAUGCCAGUACCAAUCGUUGACAAAGCUAGCUGCUAUUGCCCAUCACCUAAUCAUCCUCCCACAGAGGGCAUUUUGCUAGUUGGUGAAUAUACAUAGUAGGAGGUCAGUAAAGGAGCACACCGGGAUAGAUUUAUUAUGAAACAGGAGGUUGAAAACACAUGGGCUGAAACUCCAGCCCAUUCAUACUAUGCAAAAUGCAGACAACCUAUUUAAGGUCAGAGCUUUUGCCUUCGUACUAAGGGUGUUAACAGAGCAGCAAAAAGUACAGUAUGCAAAACCUCAUUAAAAUCUCUUCUUUGCAUCAAUAUGAAAAUGGUAGCCUACUUAAUGGAUCUGUUUGCAAAGACUUUGAAGUCUGCAAUGCACUGUACAUGCUUAGUAGCAUUAUUUGCACCUUACUUAAAUGGGUGUCUCGGGCAGGAGCGUCAUUUAGAAAGGCACAAGAGGAACUCUCCUGACUGUAUUCGGGAUAAAGAAGGAAUUAUUUUCAACAGGUUUGUCUUCCCUUUUGGGCUUUUGAGCAUGUGUGGUAAGAUGCAGUUGCCCAUUUGUUUAAUUUCUCUGCCACCCUGCUUGAGGAACACUCCCAUCCUGUGAUUUAAAUGCUGGGAGAAGCUUGUGGGAUUGCCACAAAAGAGACGGAGAAAUUUCUGGGAGAUAAAAUGGCCUAUGGACCCCCUUCUUAGAGUAGAACUGGGAUCUGCCUGGAGCAUCCUUCUUAACAGUACUAAGGCUCCAUCUGUGCUUGAAGUAGGGAACCAGUGGCCUUUCAGAUGUUGUUGGACUCUAUCUCCCAUCAGUCCCAGAAACCAUAGCCAGUGCUAAGGCAUUGCAGUUGUAUUCCAGCAACAUAUUGAUGACCGUAGGGUGAUGUAACCUGGCAAUGGCCAACCUGUCAUCACUAGAGGAUCAAGUCUUAAUUGCUCUGCAGGUUAUGGGGAAGUUUGUCAGGUAGAUUUUCUUGGUGGAGCAACACUUGUAGCAUCACAACCUGAAAUUGCUAAAAAAAAAAAAAAAAAAAUCCCCUUAUUUGCCAAGUUCAAAUAGGGAAUUCUAAUGCUGAAAGCUGGUAGAUACUGAUGUAACCCAUUUGUAGGACUCCUAGUAAAUUUUCAGUUUCUGUUGAAUAUUUAUUUAUAUGAUAAUAUUUGAGUGCUUGGCAUAAAAAAGGACUGGUACCUGCUUUGGAAUUUUGAGGGGGAAAUGACCGGUCUCUGUUCUAAUGGCUAGGGAGGGAAAUAGGAUUAGUUAUUGGGAGCAGAAGACUCAAGGAACUGUCUGGAUAACCUGUUUCUUUAUGUAUAGAUGUUGGUUUUACUGUAUUAUUUACUUGGUGCUAUACACAGCUUUGUGAUUUUCAAAUGAGAAGUGGUAUAGAAUAUUUAAAAUAAAAGGUAGAAAAGGAUGGGGGAAAGCAGCAUUCUAAAUAAAUGGAUGAAGAUAGAUGGGAAUGAAAUUACAAGUUCUGUCAAGGUUUAUCAGGAUCUGGCAUACUGGCCUUCUAUGCAAACCUCUUACCACACCUAGAGCUUAGUCCUCACUGAGGUGGUAAGCCUGUGUCCAGACAGUACUGCUUUACAUUGUUUUUUGAAAAGAUUCCAUGUGCACAAACAUUGGAGAACCCUCAUUGGUUUUUAACUCUCCCCGGCCCCAGUGCCAUUUUCCCAAUCUAAAUUGUCACUUCCAAAGCUGUUACUGAGCCCCAAAUAGCAAAAACUCUUAAAACAGCAGCUGCUGGGAAACACUACUCUCUUUUUAAGUCCAAUGUUCCUGUGGUAGGAUGCUAAGAAACCUGUUGGUUGGUGUCAAACAAACAGUGAGCCAAACAAACUGAUUUCGGAGGGGUUACCCGGGGGUGCAGAUCAGUGGUUUCCUUGCUGCUGCUGCCAACCCAUGCUCCAUUCCCCCAACAAAAACCCCUGCAUGGUAAGGCAACCCCCUCUUCUCCAAUACCACUGCAAAUUUGGCUGUAAGAGCAAGUAUAAGUCAUUUGCAAAUGGCAUCAGGACAGGGCUCAUGAUGGGCCCCUAACUCCACCCCCAUCGUUCUGCCCAGACGCUGAGGUCCAGCGCCGAGGGCCUUCUGGCGGUUCCCUCAUUGCGAGAAGCAAAGCUACAGGGAACCAGGCUGAGGGCCUUUUCGGUAGUGGCACCCGCCCUGUGGAACGCCCUCCCAUCAGAUGUCAAAACGAUAAACAACUACCUGACAUUCAGAAGACAUCUUAAGGCAGCCCUGUUCAGGGAAGUUUUUAAUGUAUGAUAUUUUAGUGUUUUUUGGUUUCUAUGGAAGCCGCCCAGAGUGGCUGGGGAAACCCAGCCAGAUGGGCAGGGUACAAAUAAUAAAUUAUUAUUAUUAUAACUAACCAAAGUAUCUUCCCCUUGUGUUUCAGACUCUCCCUGUCCCUGCAGCCACUUAUCCACCAGGCAACAAGGCUCCACAAUAUCAGAACAUGGCUCUCCCCUCUCAAACGUGGCCAAUGAACAUGAGCUCCUCGAAUCGCACCGAGACCUUGGCACUACUCACUCAACCCUCUUCCUCCAAUGAGAGCCCUCUUUACAGUGAAUACCAGCCAGCUGCCUAUGACCUUGUUCCAUUGCCCAAAGCUGUGCUCUACAUGAUCAUGGCCGUGAUGGUGGUGGUGAGUGUGGCCUAUGCCAUUGUCGGUCACCUGAUCAAAGACCUGGCACAUGAUCUGGCAGGUGAGUGUGGCAGGUGACAGCAGCAGUGAUGUACAAUAAACUAUGCCCUUUGUAGCAUUCAGUGCUUUUAAAAAAAAUCCCAAAAUCUGCACCAAGAAAAGCUGAAUUCUGUGACCUGUAUAAUUAGGCAGACUUCUCAAGCUUUGCCCAAUUUACAGUGGUACCUCGGGUUAAGUACUUAAUUCGUUCCGGAGGUCCGUACUUAACCUGAAAAUGUUCUUAACCUGAAGCACCACUUUAGCUAAUGGGGCCUCCUGCUGCUGCCGCGCCGCCAGAGCACAAUUUCUGUUCUCAUCCUGAAGCAAAGUUCUUAACCUGAAGCACUAUUUCUGGGUUAGCGGAGUCUGUAACCUGAAGCGUAUGUAACCCGAGGUACCACUGUAUUCUGGUUUACUAGCCAUGAGAAUGGACACUGAGAAAUACAGGACACAAACCACACAGAGCCUUAUUUCUCUGUGUUGGCAUCCGUCUCGAAAGACAAUGGAGUGCACCUCCGGGGGUGAAGUCAUACCUUUGUGUUAGCAGCGCUCUAGUGACCUCCCCGGGACACAAGCCUGGGUAGUAUGUAUGGAGGUCCUGGGCUGCCCAGACAACAAGACCCUCUUCUCAGCAUCACUGAUGUGGUCCAAUAGAAAGCAGAGCAAGAUGUCUGGCACCAGUUUGGCUGCAGGAAUUACCGGAAGAAAGCAUACAAGGCGCCAUCCAGCUGUCUUAGGGACUCCACUCUGGAUUUGUGUAAGGUUUACUCCUUAGUCUUUUCUUCUCCUGAAGAUAUCCCCACAAGGCAGAAGUAGUUUAGGAUCAGAUGGGCUACCUUCUCAGGAUUAUGAUCCAUAUUACUAAGGUUUAUUUCUGUAAAUCUUAUAAUUCACAGAUUUUGGUUUUUCCAAGCAGACACUGUUGAGAUGCUUGUAGCUACCAGGGCUAGAAACAUUUUUGAAUGGAAAUUGUGAAGAAACUAACUUUGAACUCUGUACCAUACUCUGCAUUUUGCCUAUGCUCCUGUAGUGUGCAAUAUACACACAGCCCAGCCUUUUAUGACUGUUAAAAAACCCAAAAACUCAUUACCUAUUUCAAUGGAAUUCAUGGGCUUGAUUCCAAGAUGUGAGAAUGUUUUGCACAUAGAAAUUUCCAACAGUCCUGUGAAAUGCUACACAACCUGGUUGUAGUCCUGAGGUCAGCGGAUAGAGUUACGAUCAUUCCAAUAAAAUGUUUUCUGGUGGGACCAGCUUUGUAACACAAUUCCCAUCUCUAUAGGGCUCUUUAGUUGGGAUAGGGGAAAGAGGGGGGAGCUGCAAUGACAGAUGUUUAACACUAGGAAUUUAUGGAUACUGUGACCAUCUCCCCUACAGCCCAUCACUUCUACUUGCAGAAAGUAGGGACGUGAGUGGCGCGGUGGUCUAAACCACUGAGCCUCUUUGGCUUGCCAAUUGGAAGGUCGGCAGUUAAGAUCUCCACAACAGGGUGAGCUCUCAUUGCUCUGUCGCAGCUCCUGCCAACCUAGCGGUUUGAAAGCAUGCCAGUGCAAGUAGAUAAAUAAGUACUGCUGUGGUGGGAAGGUAAACGACGUUUCCGUGCGCUCUGGCUUCAGUCACGGUGUUCUGUUGUGCCAGAAGCAGUUUAGACAUGCUGGCCACAUGACCUGGAAAGCUGUCUGUGGACGAACGCUGGCAAGAUGAGCACCACAACCCGUCGCCUUUGACUGGACUUAACUGUCCAGGUGUCCUUUACCUUUACUUGCAGAAAAUAUUUGGGGUUGUAAAGUGCUUCCAUCACUAGAUAUGUGCCACAAAGCAUAGCGUAAUAUGGCUAUAUACCACCACAGCAUAAAUCUCACCUACACUUUAAAAGAAAGAAAAAAACCCACUUGGGCAUAGUAACACCACUAUCCCCAGACAUGGCACAGACUUUAAGUACUAUUUUGCAUUAUCUUGUUCUAUAAUUGAACACUUAUUUAAAGCCAGCACUACACGGUACCAUCUAUGUGAGCUGAGUUGGCCUGUCUCCAUUCACUUGCCAUAACCAACGCCAAACUGCUUGCCCUUAUAUUUGUAAUGUAUCAAAGAGCAUCCCUUAUAUUGUGUGGCAGUCCAUCACACUUACUGCUAGAGGCCAUGUGCUCCAGUUGAUUAACAGAGUGGGGGGGGGAGAGGAGGAGAUGCUCUCCCCACACCCUGCUGCUCCAUGGAGAAUGCAGAACCCCAUCCGAUACAGAGUCAGAUGAAAACAGGGCAGUAGCUAUCCAUAGUAGGUACCUGUUUUGUUAGCAGCUGCAUUUCAUUUACAAUAAAUCAGCAGGUAAGGUUGCAAUGCAGAACACUAGUCCAGCCAUUUUCUUAGUGGUGCUCAAGAUUCCUCCCCUGCAACGCUAAGGUGCUUUUCCUACAGGAAGGGAAAACACAGGAUGGCAGCUUUGGAGACAUUUGCCUUUAGGGGAUAGGAUAUAUAGCUUAGUGGGAGAGGACGAUUCUAUAGGCACAAAGACUCAGGCUCACUCCCUGGCACCUCCUUUUAAAAAUGGAUCUUGGAUAGCAAAUCAGGGAAAUACAACUUGGCUGACAAUACAGGGCUGAAACACCUUCCCCUCCCUGAUAAAGCGACUGUUUCAUGUGCCCCCUUUAAUUUCUCCCUCUAGAUUGCUUGCUGGGGCCAGCGCCUGAGGAGCCUGACGAGGAGGAGCCAGAGCCCCCACCUCUUACAGGUUUCCAGCCCUCCCUCUUGGCCAAGGCCCGCACUUGCAGCUGCUCAACACACCACCACCAAGAGGAGGUUCAUAUAACAUUAGAGGUGACAUAGUGACUGUGGAAGAGCAGGCAGCACAGCCUUGCAGAAAAGGAGAGCGGAGUUCUUGGCUUCCUGAAUUGAAUGGGAGAAAACGGGCAUGGCAGACCAGCAAAAAGAGCCCAAGGAAGGAGGCAGACGACCACGUAAAGAAGCACCGGCCUGUUCUGAAGCAGUCGUCCCGCCUUCUCAAGGCAACAGCUGUCUUGCUCCUCAACUUCUGGGACUCUGCUUCUCUGGCGCCAUGAACUCAACUUCCAUGAUUAUCAUUAUUUCUUAGUUUUAUAGCCAGUGGCCUCUCCUCCUUUUUUCUUCCUAAGAAAACUGAACUGGAGAAUCAUUGGAAACUCACCUAACCAGCUUCAUGAACCAGACUACUGCUCUGGGCCUAAGAGGCUUUUGUCUAGACUGCGAGAGGAAGGGUUGAGCUCUAAAAUGGUACCUGCAGGCAGAACCUAGGAAACAAGGAUCUGGAACCACUUGGUUGUUGAACACUGCUUCAGCUUUGUGAUAUUUUACUCCAUGAGGUGGAACAUCCAGAGUCUGGGGAGGGCAAGGGCUACUCACACAGCUCUGGCAUUUCAAAAGGGCUUUUUUUGUACAAUAAAGUAAUUAAACCUGUA